AUGAGCAAAGUCAACCGUCGACUCUUGAGUAGUGCGACUAAAUGUUUGCAAAAGCAGUCGCUGCAGCAACUGCUGCAUCUGCAGAAGUUACAUCCCAGGUUUGUCGAUACAAUUAAGGAAGUGUCCAAACCUGCCCAGAAAGAGUCUCGCCAAAUAACCAGACCUUUUGGAUUGAAAGAACCGGUUUUAUUGAAUCAUAAAUUAUCCGAUACCUAUUCUCUAUCGAGCAUUGCCAAUGAAGUCUUUGGUGCUCGGGCCAAGGAGCGUCGUCAAAAGAAUUUGGAUUACGAUUUGAAACACUCGCUGAUUUUCGAGGCAAAAUCAUUUGAGAAUACCAAAGGUAAGAUCUUUAGUCCACCAAUAUCGUGGUUUAAGCAAGAAAAGUCUCUUUACUUUCCUGAUUUUGUUGCUCAGACAUUGCAAGGUGAAAAAGAAAGCUUUUAUCAAGCUAUUAGUGAAAAGUAUAGUAUAGUCCGUUUAUUCAGUUCAGUUACCGGUGAUCAAUGCACAAUGACAUACUUUGAUAGGGAUGGCAAGGAUCUAUACUCCAAAGACUACAAUUCUUUUGUGCAAGAGUUUCCAGAUUUUCAAAUUGUUGAUAUCAAUAUGCCUACAAGUUGGAUUAAAGGGUUCGUAUUGAACUUGUCGCUUCGCAACCUUAAAAAGAGUAUACCUGUAGAGAGAUAUGAUCGUUAUUUCAUCCUACCAAACCACAUUUUGCCGCCAGAUAUAAGGGAAGAGCUCUAUUGCGAUAAUCAGUGCUCUGGAUACAUCUAUAUCCUUGACAAAAAUGGCAGAAUAAGAUGGGCAACUAGUGGGUAUGCAACACCAGAAGAUUCGACUCUUAUGUGGAAAGUCGUGAGGGGCUUGCAGAAAGAGGCAACAGCGGCUCGGAAUGCAUGA